ACAUUACCACUCCUCUGUGACUAGCUGACUUUCUUCCAUAUAAAUGUGGGUCCAUUUUUUUAGUUUAUUUCUAAACUCACACAAAUACAUAUUCACCUGUUUUUAGUUUUGGGGUUCCAAGUUGUCCUCAUUUCAAGUCUGUGUUGGUUAUAGAAAAGCGCCCAAGUUAGAGCUGAGUGUGAGAUAAUAACAAUGGCAUUUCUCAGAGCAGCUUCUGAAGUUUUGGCAAUCUAUACCCUUGUCUUUACCAUUUUUUCACCUGCUGUUCUUGAAGCACAGUCUCUUUCCCUUGCAGCUGCUCCUGCUCCUUCCAGAGAUGGUACUUCAAUAGACCAAGGAAUUGCAUACGUAUUGAUGGUUGUGGCGCUGGUGCUCACGUACCUCAUCCACCCCUUUGACGCGUCUUCCCAUCACUUCUGAAUUAUCUGUACUAAGAAUUUUGAACAUAGUAUUAGUAGGGACUGGCUGGGGUUGAAUUUAUUACGUGGAUAAAUAUCUUCUAUUUUUUUUUUUUGCUUUAUUCUCUUCUUAUCCCCCUCCCAAUUUUACAUCUUUCGUUUACUUGUUAACGAUAGAUGAUUGCUAGCGGAGGAAAUAAUGUAUUAAUAUAAAUAUUUUAUUUAUUUAAAGGUCAUGAUCUAUUUUAGAUAAUC